AUGGAGCAGGAGCAGCGACCUCGUCGUGUCCCCCUCCCACACCCCCAAGAGGGGCCCAGGACCCCAACCCAAAAAGCGAUCCAGGGGACCCCCGGCCCCACCUGCUGGGGCAUCUGCGGGGCCAGGGCCAUCAGCCACGACUUCGUGCUGGCCCUGCAGACCCUGCCCCGCUCCGAGCACCAGGUGGUGGCCGUGGCCGCUCGGGAUCUGGGCCGUGCCCGGGACUUCGCCCGGCGCCUCGGGGUGCCCCGAGCCUACGGCACCUACGAGGAGCUGGCCCGGGACCCCCACGUGGACGUGGUGUACGUGGGGGUGGUGAACCCCUCCCACCUGCCCACGGGCCGCCUGUUCCUGGCCGCGGGCCGGGCCGUGCUGAUGGAGAAGCCGAUGGCGGUCGGGGCCGGAGAGGUGGCCGAGCUCGUGGCGGCCGCGCGGGAGAGGGGGGUGUUCCUCAUGGAGGGGUUCUGGACCCGUUUCUUCCCCGCCUGGCGCCGCCUCGAGGCUUUGGUGGCCGGGGGGGCUUUGGGGACCCCCCUUCUGUUCCGGGGCUCGCUGGGCUUCAACCUGGGGGGGGUGGAGCGGCUGCGGGAGCCGGGCCUGGCCGGGGGGGCCCUGCUGGACCUGGGGGGGUACGGCCUGCAGAUGGCCCUGGCCCUGCUGGGGGGCACCCCCAGAGCCCUCUGGGCCCACGGCAUCCUGCACCCCACCGGGGUGGACGAGUCGGUGACGGUGACCGUGGAUUUCGGGGGGCACCGCCUGGCCGUCAUCACCUGCUCCAUGGCCGCGGGGCUGCCGGGGGGAGUCGCCCUGGGGGCACUCCGGGGAUGGGGCGAGUUCCCUGACAACAUGAACUGCCCCACGGAGCUGCUCUGGGGGGGUCGCCGGGAGGUUUUCCCUCUGCCCCCCCCUUCGGAGCCCCUCAACUUCCCGCACAGCACCGGGCUCCGCUUCGAGGCCCAGCACGUCCGGGAGUGCCUCCUGCAGGGGCUGACGGAGAGCCCGGUGAUGCCGCUGGCCGAGAGCGAGCUCAUCGCGCGGCUCCUGGACCAGGCUCGGGAGCAGGUGGGGGCUGCGGGGCCUGGGGGGGGCUCUGGGGCCGAGCCCACCCCCGGGGGAGACCCCUGA